UUUCUGUCCUGGUAAAGUUUCCGGCUUGGCAUGCUCAUGUAAACAGAGCACCUCUACCAAUUCUUGGUGAAGCCUAAGAGAAGGACAGAAGUCGGAUCAUGUCAGACCGCUGCCAUCUGCCGACACUGGGUUCCGUGUGCUGUGGUGUGUAAUGGGCAGACCGGUGCCCGGUGUGUUGCUGCGUAUCACCGAGGUGCUCCCGCAGGUGGACUAGUCAGACAGGUUUGACCUAGAAGUCGCAACUGUUCACUCAUUUCUGAAGGCAAUGUAGGAAAGUUAUCAUGAAGGUAGUAGCAACGUUAGCGCUUCUGCAGUUGUAUAUUUCUGCAACAGCUGAUCUCGUUACAGCGGAAGUUUCGGGUAAUGUCUCAAGCGAAACGGCCCUGUCAGCUUCACCGGGUGACAUCGUUGUACUUCCGUGUUACUCAGCAGGUAAAGUAACACCCGUGGUAACGACAUGGACCAAAAAUGGACGGGAAAUCGUUACAGGCGGAGAUCCCACUCGGCGCCUCAUCGUGAACCCUGAUGGGAGUUUGAACAUCAGCGCGACGAUGCUUGGAGAUGAGGGGAUUUACCUGUGCAACUCCACACUAUCUGACAACCGCUCAUUCCUGGCACGUGUGCUGCUUCAAGUAACAAGUGGACCAGAAAAUGUGUCUACAUCCAUCAGUCCUGCCACUGCACUGUCCAAUGGGACCCUUUACACAGAUCGGGGUUCAUCCGUUACUUUAAGGUGCUCCGGCUCCUCCUACCCGUCUCAGCACCUGACCUGGGCCUUCAGCGGUGACUCGUCAAGCAACGACUCGCUGGUUUCAGGCUCUGGAUCGUCCCUGGAAUUCACCAUACAAAACAUUCAGCCCAGCGCUCAAGGAGUUUACAGCUGCAGGGCCCACAACCCUGUUUCAAAUGUGACAGUAAUCAGUCGCAAGGAGCUGCUAGUGUACUAUGUCUCAGACAGACACCCUGAGUGUAAAUGGACACUGACACAGAACAUCUCUCUAGUCCAGUUCACCUGCACUUGGUUAGAAGUUUAUCCCACCCCAAACCUACGUUGGAACAUGGGACCAUUCCAGGUGGCGGACAGCCUCAAUGUUACGAUGAGCCGCUCCACGCUGUCAGACGGGCAGACCGUGAACUGCACAGCCCAGCCCCAGCACCUCGGCCCAGAAAAAGAGAAGUCGUGUUCGUUUACCCUCGAGCUUCCCUUCCCUGAAGGCGAACCAAUGGUCUCUGCUCUGGAGGCAAGCAACGUAACACUCGCAUGCACUGAGACCACGUCCAAGCCCCCUGCAAUUACCACAUGGAGAAAGGGAUUGCAACUGGACUACAUUGAAUCUGGAUCAAAAUACAUCCUGUCUUUGGAAGGCCCGGUCUUCAAGCUGACCAUAGUAAACGUCACUAAGGAGGACGAAGGCUUCUAUUUCUGCCACAGUGAGAACCCGCUCGGACUACGCGAGCUGGAAGUGGAGCUCACUGUGAAGACAGCCUCUUCCGCGUACACAGGAGCAGUCAUCGGCAUAUUUAUAGCAGCACUGAUUAUGGGGUCAGCUGUCAUCAUAGCCAAAAUUGUCUACAACAGCAGAGACCGGAUUUGCCUGGGUGGCUUUGGGCAAGUGGAUGACGACAGUGGAGACGUUCUGAGUCUGGUGGAGUCGGAUGACGAACAAGUCUUCCAAGAUGCAGUUCCCCGGCUGCCUCCAAUAACCAACGGACAUCACACAACACUUGUGCAGAUACAUCGAAUCCCAUCAAGUGAUCACGAGGAUGCAGAAACUGCUGACACAAGUCCACAGCAGCAGGAGGAUACCGUACAGACGGAAGAGCCAGUGCAACUUGUAGAAUUUUAGGUAUUGGGGAUUUUUUUAGAGCAAUGUUUAGUUUUAGGUAAAUUUACUCCUGAAGAGAAUGUGAACAGAAUCGGUGGCAGAAACCUUUUUGUCCU